UACAUCAGCCCAGUGAGUCCUGGUGAAGGCUACUGACGGACAAAGAGUGAGCGGGCAAAAGAGAGGAGGGCUGUGAUCGCCACAUCCAGCCGCUGGACUCUCACUGGAAUACUCUGAAACCAUCUGUGAACAAAUGGUCUGAAAGGAAAAACACAUCUUAGAAGUUGGAAGCCAGCUUCUUCACACGCGUUUGGGAUGAAUCACCUGCUAAACGUUCAGCUCCUCCUGCUCACCAUCCUCCUCCAGUAUGGAGCCGUCACAUCACAGGUCAAUCCCGGUGUGUGUCGGUAUCCUCUGGGGAUGUCAGGAGGGCAGAUCCAGGACGAGGACAUCUCUGCUUCCAGCCAGUGGUCUGAGUCCACCGCUGCUCGAUACGGCAGAAAACUACAAUCUGGGGUUGCACUUUGAGGAGGGCGAUGGUGCGUGGUGCCCGGAGAUAACAGUUGAGCCAGACAACCUGAAGGAGUUCCUCCAAAUUGACCUGCGCUCACUGCACUUUAUCACUCUCGUGGGCACCCAGGGGCGUCAUGCUGGAGGCAUUGGGAAUGAGUUUGCUCAGAUGUACAAGAUAAAGUACAGUCGUGACGGUAGCCGCUGGAUCUCGUGGAGGAACAGGCAGGGAAAACAGGUGAUUGAGGCCAACAGAAAUGCCUAUGACAUCGUACUCAAGGACCUGGAGCCGCCCAUCAUUGCUCGCUUUGUUCGCUUCAUGCCCGUCACUGACCACUCCAUGAAUGUCUGUAUGAGAGUGGAGCUUUACGGCUGCGAGUGGCUGGAUGGUCUUGUUUCGUACAACGCUCCAGUGGGAGAACAGAUGAAAUUGUCUGAUCAACCUGUUUAUCUCAAUGAUUCUGUCUACGAUGGGGCGAUUAUCCACAGCAUGACGGAGGGCUUGGGCCAGCUGACGGACGGAGUGUGUGGUCAGGACGAAUUUACAAAAAGUCACGUCUACGAUGCCUGGUCGGGGUACGACUAUGUCGGCUGGAACAAUGAGAGCUUCCCCGACGGAUUUGUUGAAAUAAUGUUUGAGUUUGACCGUACAAGAAACUUUACUUCCAUGAAGGUCCACUGCAACAACUUGUACUCCCGGCACGUCAAGGCCUUCCGACAAGUAGUUUGUUUCUUUCGCUCAGACUCGGACUGGGAGGCUGCUCCUCUCACCUUCAGCCCGGUGAUGGAUGAGAAGAAUCCAAGCGCCCGCUUUGUCACUGUCAAUCUGGCCAAUCACAUGGCAAACGCCAUAACUUGUCAAUUCUACUUUGGUGAUGCGUGGAUGCUGUUCAGUGAGAUCACUUUCCAGUCAGAUACAGCCAUGUACAACACAACACUGGCUCCACCCAAGACAAGAUCUCCACCCAAUAUACAACAAGAAGAAGACCCCACCCAUAAAAUAGAUGACAGCAACACCCGGAUUCUGAUUGGCUGCUUGGUGGCCAUCAUCUUCAUCCUUGUGGCAAUUAUUGUAAUUAUCUUGUGGAGGCAGGUGUGGCAGAAGAUGUUGGAGAAGGCCUCUCGCCGGAUGCUGGAUGAUGAACUAACUGCUAGUUUGUCAAUACAGAGUGAGCCAUUCAGCUACAAUCCCAACCCGUCGGGUGAAAGCAGUGAACCAGAGUCUAAUUCCGCCUAUGAGCACAUCUUCCCUCUUGGUCCAGACUACCAGGAGCCAUCACGCCUCAUAUCUUCAAGCGGCACAGCCACCUCUAAGUCCACCGCUACCACUGUAAUCCAAGACGGUGUCCCUCACUAUGCAGAAGCAGACAUUGUCAACUUGCAGGGCGUAACUGGAAGCAACACAUAUGCCAUCCCGGCAGUGACUAUGGACCUCCUGUCAGGGAAGGAUGUUGCGGUGGAGGAGUUCCCACGACAACUGCUCACAUUCAAAGAGAAGCUGGGAGAGGGCCAGUUUGGAGAGGUCCACCUGUGUGAAGCAGAGGGAAUGCAGGAGUUUAUGAAUGAAGAGUUUUUGUUUGACAUCCCCGUGGACCAACCGGUAUUAGUGGCCGUAAAGAUGCUCCGCUCAGAUGCAAAUAAGAACGCGAGGAAUGACUUCCUUAAAGAGAUAAAGAUCAUGUCCCGUUUGAAGGACCCCAACAUCGUCCGGCUGCUGGGCGUGUGCAUCUACAGCAACCCUCUCUGUAUGAUCACAGAGUACAUGGAGAAUGGAGAUCUCAAUCAAUUUCUGUCCCGCCACGAACCUGAGGGCCAACUUGCUCUGCUCAGCAAUGCUGCUACUGUCAGCUUCAGUAAUCUGUGCCACAUGGCCAGUCAGAUAGCCUCAGGGAUGAAGUACCUUUCCUCCCUGAAUUUUGUCCACCGAGACUUGGCCACACGUAACUGUCUGGUGGGCAAAAAAUACACAAUAAAGAUAGCUGACUUUGGCAUGAGCAGGAACUUGUACAGUGGUGACUACUAUCGCAUCCAGGGAAGAGCGGUGUUGCCUAUACGCUGGAUGUCGUGGGAGAGCAUCCUGCUGGGUAAGUUCACCACAGCAAGUGACAUGUGGGCCUUUGGAGUCACCCUGUGGGAGAUUCUCAACUUCUGCAAGGAGCAACCCUACUCUCAGCUCACUGAUGAGCAAGUGAUAGAAAACACAGGGGAGUUUUUCAGGGACCAGAAACGACAGAUCUACCUGCCUCAACCUGUGCUGUGCCCAGACUCGCUCUACAAGAUCAUGCUGAGCUGCUGGAGGAGGAAUGCAAAGGAGCGGCCCGCUUUCCAGGAAAUUCACAGAGCCUUGUUGGAAUUACAGCCUUAAGAAAAGCAGUGUUUAAGACAGUUUUUCCCAGUCUGCUCAUCUCUGGAUGAAGUGAUGCAAGACAAGAGUAGCAGACACAAUCCAGGUUUAAGCUAUCUUGUUUCAACAGGGAGACAGGGUCGGGGCACCUGUGGGCUCCAAUAUGCAAAUUGGGAAACAUGGACUCAAAACACUAAGAAAAUAGGUUACUAAAGACAUUUUUUUUCCACGUCUUGAUUCCAAGUAAUGCAAAUAUGAUUUUUAGACUAAAUGAGUUCAUCAGUAAAAUACAUUUCUGUUAUACUCCACAAACAUUUAAACACAACCCGAGGCAGGCCUAAAGAUACAAACAGUGGUUGUGACUUGUGUCGAGGAAAACCAAAAUUUUAUUGUAGCAAGGGACAUUUGGCACUUUUGAAAUGAUAUGUGUGUUACAUUCGCUGUUAGUUUUUAAAUAUCCCAGGAUGUAGUGUUUGAAGAACUGAUAGCAAAGCAACUGUUGAAAACAUUUCUUGUUUUAUUUUGGAAGACUGCUUGAAUGUAUGAAGGAAAAGCGCAGCAAACCAGUGAUUUACUGUUACGUUUCAUCAUUUUCAAGCAUCCCACCUUAUUUUCCGAGAAACAAAAUUAAAUAACAAAUAACAAAAACAUAUAAAAUGACUUUGUCUUCUUCAUCUGCCUUUAAUUUCUCUACAGUGAUGUCACCAUGAAGUGUAUGUGACUGUGCAUUUUCAAUAGAUAAUUUUAAAAUCUCAAAUAUAAUUUUUUGUAUUAAUAUUUAUAUGUUUAUAUGUGUUUGCUCUUUUUAUGUAUUGUUGAUAUUUGUGUAAUAAUGUGCUUGUUAACUGGAGUGUCGUAUUUGAUUUAAUGCAGAAAUUCUUCGUAGUUACAUUUAGGAUUUAUGCUCUUUUAAAAAAAAAAUGUCUUGCUGCAAAAUGUCUUAAGUUUGAGAUCAGAUCAACAGAACAAUCUUUCUAUAAAUAAUUAGAUUUGUGCAGGAUGUUUAUCAGGAAUCCAGGUUAUGCUUUGGCCGUGUGCUGUUUUGGGUCAGCAGUAUGUGUUUACAGUUGGUAUCAUUGGAAAGUUGUCAGUGAGUUUUUUGGACGUUUAUAGAUUUCUUUUUAAGUCACGAAUGCAGAUGAAAUGAAAAUGUUUACCAUAAAUGGUGUGUUUGAUUGUAGUUUUGGAAUUAGCAUGACUAAUGCAGAUCAUUUCAAGGCAGUUCAUAAUGAAAAUGAAAAAUGCAACACAGCUUAUGACUCAUCUGCAGGUUUUAGUAAUCAACAUUCAUUUAGAGCUUUCGUUUAUUGAUGCAUUUCGGAUUCUCACUACUUUUAAUCAGUUCAUAUUUUCCAUCUGGCAUAUAUCUGUGUUUUCUGACUUUAAAAAAACAACAACAAACAAACAACAAAACACACAGCCCCAUCUAUCUGUGGGAUCAGUAGCGGUUAUGCAUUUUCAACUUCUUUUGUGGGUAAAAUAUUUCUAUCUGAAAACACCCUUUUCCUGAAAUGUUGAGUCCUUUAGGUGUUGUUGCAAAUGAGAAAUAUGUGAAGAUCUGCACCUCUGAAAAUAUAACGGUACCCUUUCAAAGUCUUGAUUUGUUUAGUUUCAUUUGUUUGUACUCACAUGAUUGUUUCGGUGGGGAAUUUUAUAUGUUUAAACCUUGAUAGAAAAAAAUACACCAAUAAAAUUUAAACAGGGAA